ACCAUUGACCAUCUCUAAUUGCAUUGUGUUUUGUUGGCGCGCAAACGCUGGAUGUGCUAUAAAAGUUAAGUAAAUAAACAAUUCAAUAUGGCCAAUCGUUUAAGCUGUGCCUACGAGAACUUGAGCAGCUCAUACCUGCUGACAACCACCGAUUAUCAAAAGCAGUUUUGCCAUUUGUACACUCACCGCUUGGCAGAAAUGACGCGGCUGCUGACGCCGCUUGCUCUAAAGGAAUGGGGCACACAGGUGCCCAUAAUGAAGUUGUGCGAGCUGCGAGGCGAGCAGAACGUGCAGUGCAUCAUCAUUGGAACCAUAUACAAGCAUCAAGCUCACAAGCCAAGUAUAUUGCGUGACAUCUCCGAGGAGAAUCAGCUGGCUCCACAGCCGCAAAGACAAAAUUACUCUGAGCCGGAGGACAAGCUUAUUCUAGAGGAUGAACUUCAGCGAGUGCGGCUGCAGGGCGGCGAAUUUUUAGAGUCCCACAAGUUGGCCACAGGCAUUGUUUGUGCUGUUAAGGGUGAUACAGACAGUGAGGGAUUCUUUAAUGUGGAAAAGAUACUCUUCCUGGAGAGCGGGCCACAAAAGCCGCUGACUGUAAAGCUUAACAGCAAAUUGAUUCUAAUCUCUGGCUUGGAUCAAUUGCAGUCCCAUAACUUUGUAGAUGCCUUGAAUAUGUUUCAAUACUGGCUGAGUGGAUGCUUUGACAAUAAGUCUGAAGCCCAGUCGCAAGUGCGACUCAUUGUCGCGGGCAACUCGGUGCGAAGCUCGGCUAUGGCCCAUGUGCCGACCCUACAAGUGGCGCGGCAUCAAGCGAAUGCAAAUGAUACUGUCCAAGCAAUUAGCCAACUGGAUAGCUGGUUUGCUUCGUGGGCAAAAGCUAUUCACGUGGACGUGAUGCCUGGAGCUUACGAUCCGGCAAAUUUUAUGCUGCCGCAGCAACCCUUUCACAAGUGCAUGUUCCCCCUGGCCGCCCAGUUGUCAUCGUUUCAAUCUGUGACAAAUCCUUAUAUCUGUCGACUGGAUAGCGCUCUUGUAGUGGGAACUGCUGGUCAGAACAUCGCCGAUUUACUAAGGAGUACUGCGCUGGACUCCUCACUCGAAGCUCUUCGCUGCACGCUUAAAUGGGGUCACGUAGCUCCCACUGCACCAGACACCUUGGCCUGCUACCCGUACAUAAGCAGCGAUCCAUUCAUAAUGAAGGAAUGUCCACACGUUUACUUUGCGGGUAACUGUGAAAAGUUUGAAACGGAUUUGCAUGUCGGCUCCGGGGGGAAGCGAACGCGGCUCGUCUGCUUACCAAGCUUCUCGAAAACACAGAGCGUUGCCGUAAUAGAUUUGGCCACUCUCGAUUGCCGCCAAAUCAAAUUUAGUGUAGAAACAGAAUAGCUAUAUCAAUAAAUA